CACAAUUUGACUUUUUGACAUUACCUGUCACACAUCACGACACUCGCAGACUUCAAAUAGCUUCAAAUACAUUUCGACAUCAACAAAAACUCGUAAAAAUAAGCAAUGGAGUAACCAGUGGGCGAUGAACCGGGAUUUCAUCUACAACUACCAGGAUGACGGGCCUAACACCUGGUCGAGGAUCGGCAGCACGCUCAACAAAUGGCUGUGGGGAGCGCUGUGUUGCGGAAUACCCGGCGUGCCCUGCUACUUCUGCACCUGCUGCAAGCAGCUCGACACCAUGACGGAGAGGGAACGCCCCAGAGUCAAUCAAGCGACAGGCACCACGGAGCGGCUUUCUCGCCAGCACCGGCCGAAUGCACCACGCAGCAGGAAGGCAACGCCGGAGACGCUAUCGGCGGUGCGGUGCGCGUUGUCGCAGCUUCAAGGCGAGCCCGCACCCGUGCCGCCAUUCCCGCUGCCCGCGGAGCACCGCACCCAGGACCCCGGCUGAUCAAGCGCCACCAGCGAUACAAUACUUUGUAAGAUUAAUAUUUAAAUGUUAUAUAAACGUACAUUUCUUAAUUUUAGUACGUGUUUUUUGUAAAUAAAUACUUAUUUUGUUUACUUGAAAAAUGAUUCAAAAUGUAUUAUCACUCCUAUACGAAAAAAUCUGCAAUAAUUCAAAGUUGAUUAACAGACACUACAGGUAUAAGUGGUGGCAGGCGCUGAAAUGGGAAUAAGAUAGUUUUUUUACUUAUUUUAA